AUGGAGCUUACCCACGUAUUCUCCCUUCUCGCCCUCUUCUGUCUCCAAAGCGUGAGCGCCGACAGGGUUAAGUUCACCUCCUUGUUUGCCCUCGGCGACUCCAACAUCGACACCGGCAACCUGCUUAUCUUGGCUACUCCGGAUGUGCCUGUGUUCAAUAACAAGCCUCCUUACGGCAAGACCUUCUUUGGCCACCCCAAUGGCCGCUUCAGCGACGGGAGAGUCACCAUCGAUUUCAUCGCCGAGGAGUUUGGUCUCCCUCUUCUUCGACCCUCCCUGCAGAAUAACCCAGACGUCUCCAAGGGCGUCAAUUUCGCCGUCGGUGGUGCGACGUCGCUCAACGUCGACUUCUUCGAGAGGAACAAAUAUGUUAAUUUCAAGCUUCUAAACAGUUCUCUGAACGUGCAGCUGGACUGGUUCGAGAAACUCAAGCCAUCGUUUUGCAAGACGGCAGGACCGAGUGAAUGCUUCAGUAAAACCCUCUUCGUCGUCGGGGAGUUUGGAGUGAACGACUACAACCUGGCAUGGGGUGCGGGGAAGUCUGAAGGCGAAGUGAGGGCUUAUGUACCUCAAGUUGUGCAAAAUAUUGCCAAUGCCGCUGAUGUGCUUAUCAAAGGAGGUGCAACUUACGUGGUCCUGCCGGGGAUCCCGCCGAUCGGGUGCUCGCCGUCCCUGCUGGCGACCCGCGUGAAGCUCAACAAGGCGAAGGAGUUCGACCAGCUCGGCUGCCUAAGCGACCUCGACCGCGUGACCAAGUACCACAACACCAAGCUGCGUGAUGCGAUCGACGGUCUGAGGCGCAAGUACGCGCAUGCCAAGGUCAUCAAGGCUGACUUCUACAACCCUAUCAUCGAGAUCCUCCAAAACCCCGGACGGUUCGGAGUGGCCGGCGGCGACGUUCUGCGGGCGUGCUGCGGAGGCGGCGGGAAGUACAACUGGAACAUCAGCGCCGUGUGCAGCCAACCGGGGGUGGCCGCCUGCAAGGAUCCCUCGGCGUUCGUGAGCUGGGACGGGACGCACUUCACGGAGGCCACGUACCGCCACGUCGCCAAAGGGUGGCUCUCCGGUCCUUACGCCGAUCCGCCCAUACUGAAUGCUAAUAACUAGUAUUAGAGAGGAGCCCGGAAUAAAACCGUUACAGGUGUCGUAAAGAGUUCCACGGUUCACGAACAUGUUAAUACCAUGUUUUAGAAGGAAUCAAUAAAAGUUAGCAUAGACAAUUGAUCCGCCCAUACUGAAUGCUACUAGCUUUUUUUUUAGACAAUCUGAAUGCUACUAGCUAUUGUUGCAUAUGCUGUACUUCUGAUCUGAAACGCAUCGUGAAACUCAAUGGCUCGAGCAACAAAGUGAGUAGAACGGAAAUUAUACUCGACGAGCUAGCGUCCAGUUAUAAACAAAUCCAAGAAAGUCCAAAUU